GGCUCUUCUUUAUCUGUCUGUGUGUCUCCAAGUCAAAAUUUUUUUUCUCUCUUCUCUGAUAAAGUAAUUUUUUUAAUACUAACUUAUCAAGAAAUUAACGAAAUAUUUCUACGCUUUAUUGUUUCACUAAGAUAUAUGGUGAGAUAUGGCCAUGAAAGACACUGCGUUACGCUUAUAUUUGUAAAAAACAGCAAGGAAACAAAAGAGAAAGAAAGAAGAAAAAAAAUGCCUGGUCGAAACCUUUAAAAACCAGACAAAAAUGCCCUGAUCUGUUUACAUUGUCUUAAAAACGUUUUCUUGUGAUGAAUGGUUGAGCAAUCGGAAUUAUAGUAAUAGUAAUAAUAAUAGUAAUAAUAUUUAUAGUGAGAGCCGAGAGGACAAAACUGUGUUAUUCAAAGUAUAUGUGUUGCUGAAUUAAUUAACCGAUUUCGAAAAAGACGAAUCAAAAUACAUAACAAUAGAAACAGUUGAAGAAUUAUUUCAAAACUCUCCGUAAAUUAUUAACACAUAUGACAAGGAGAAGAGUGCUAAAGGAAAUUCUUGAAAUGAAGCCUUCAAGUAUAACCAGCCCAGACUGUUCCUGAUAUGGAUGUUACUCGAGUUCAUCAGAAACUUUCCUUGAAAACUCCAUCUGGAAUGAGCUUCUAUCUAUUUCAGUGCAUGUUAUGCUGUUGAACUGCUUGUUGCAAUUGUGGCUGCUGCAUCAAAACAACAACCUGGUCUGCACAAUUGCACCUUACUUACAGCUGGAGUGUAGCUACAAGCAUUCAGACUGAAGAUGAAUGAGAAAGUUGUCGGGUCCAUGCCCCCUGCACCUCCAUUUGCACAUCAUGCUGGAGAGGAUAUGUGCAGUGGCAUGCAGUAUGCACCACCGAGCUGUGAGCUGCGCCAGCACUCACAGUCCCUGCAUGCCCACUCCCACCCCCAUUCUCACACCCACCCCCACCAUCACCACCACCAUCACCAUCAUCCUAACCAUGCCGGUUGCCACCCCCAGCAACAGCAUGGAAGCUCUCACAAUCUGAGUCGCAUGCCCUGUUCCUCUGAAUCCUCAGCCAACACCAGCAACAACACAAGCAGCGGCAACAACAUGGGUACCGAGAGCAACAACAAUAACAAUGCUAGCAACAACUCCAGCUGGGAUAACUAUGGCAAGCCCUAUGCUAUUCAGAGUGGUGGCGGAUCCAAGUCUCCUACCCACUCUCACUCAGGUGUGAUGCCUCCACCGGGGCCGUCAUCCUCGUCAUCGUCAUCUUCAACACCAUCGACAACAACAACAACACCAUCAUCAGCAGUAUCCCCUUUAAGAGUGACAGGCAGUGGUGGGCCUUGCUCCUCUCCCCCUACCUCUGACAUACUACCCAGUGGCCACCACAUAUCAAACCGAACCCCAUCAUCGCAGUCUGCACACCAUGUUCACAUGCAUGGCAAUGAAAACAGCAGCAUUAACAACAAUGCCAACAACCACCAUCACCACCACCACCACCAUCAUCAUCAUCAUCACGGUCAACAAUCUCAACAACAACAGCAACAACAACAACAGCCAACUGCUACAGAGCAGCGAGAGAAGCCCUACCACUGUGAUGUCUGUAUGAAGAAAUUUGCACGCCGAGACACACUUCAAUGCCACAAACGCACCCACACUGGCGAGAAACCAUUUCAUUGCGAGUCGUGCCCCAAACAGUUUGCACGACGUGACACCCUCAUUUGCCACAAGCGCACCCACACCGGCGAAAAACCGUUUCGUUGCGAUUUUUGCAGCGAACAGUUUGCGAGGCGUGACACGCUCCGUUGUCAUAGGAGGACCCACACCUGCGAGAAACCCUUUCACUGCGACUUCUGCAUUCAGCAGUUUGCCCGCGGUGACACUCUGCAGAUCCACAAGCGGACUCAUACCGGCGAGAAGGCCUUCGCCUGCGACGUCUGCGGAGAUCGUUUCGCCCGUCGCGACACGCUCAUCUGUCACAAGAGGACCCACACCUUUGAGAAACCAUUCCGCUGCGACUACUGCAUCCAACAGUUUGCGAGACGAGACACUUUGCAGAUCCACAAGCGGACUCAUACCGGCGAGAAACCAUUCAGUUGUGAGGCGUGCGGCAAGCAGUUCGCUCGCACGGACAAGCUGCAAAGGCACAAGCGAACGCACGCUCAGUUCCGAAACGCUCACCACAACAACCAUUCCCACCCCCACCCCCAUCCCACCCCGGCUGCAAUGUCAUUCAUGCAGAACAACUUUCUGAAAGGUUCUUCGUACAAAAACAUGAAAGAAUACUCCUCCCAGGUGAGCAAUCACUUAUGGCAAGCCCUGUACUCGCUGGUGCUGUUUGCUUCAGUUGCUGCUGGCAGAGAAUUAUUUAAUUUUUUUGUUAAAAAAGCUGCAAUUGUUGCCGAAAAUAUAAAUUAUUAUAAAAUGGUGGAUGUUGUAGGUUCUAGUGAAAUAAGUACAGAUUUGCAAACCUUGGCUAAAAAUGUUAACCAAAAUGCCAAUUUAGCUCUAACAGGAAACACCCUUAUUGCACAAACACCUACUGUGACAAAUGUUUCUUCUAGCAGGCAGAAGCCUUCUAGCUGUGAUUUAUGUGGCAAAGUGUUCAGUCGUUAUGACAACUUAGAACGCCACCGUCGCAUUCACCAAGGUGAAAAGCUGUAUCACUGUGAUAUAUGCAGCAAGUCUUUCGCCCAAAGUUCCUAUCUAAAAGUUCACCGGCGAACGCACAGUGGAGAACGUCCAUUCAAAUGUAACAUUUGUGGCUAUGCCUUUAGCCGGAGUGACCACCUUGUCCGACACAUACGGACUCAUCAUGCUAACCAACAAUUUGUUACAAACAGCAAAAGCUGUCUCAAUACACAUGCCAAUCAACAAUUGUCAGGACAGAGUGCUUCAAACGGCCAAUGCAUGGAUAGCUGCAACAAUAAUCACAACAAUCAUUUUCAGUCAAAUGCUGUUGCCUGUAGGUGCCCAGUGAAUGAUUGCUCAAGUUGUAAAGAGGCCUGUCCAGAAGACUCUUACAACUGUAGUAUGGGCUGUGAAAUGGGACAGUUCUCUUCACAAGAACACCAGCAUGUAACUAGCAAUAGCAAAGCUCAUCGGAGUAUUCAGUCAUGCCAGGGAUCUGCACAGCGGGCUGGCAGCAAUCCUUUCAACUGUGAUAUUUGCUGGAAAGCUUUUUCACAGACAUCCCAUGUGAACAUCCACAAGCGUAUCCACGCAGCGGUGUUACCUUAUAGAUGUCAUCUGUGUGGCAAGUCUUUCUCCCGUCAGGACAAUCUGAAACGACACAUCAUCACACACAAAGGGUUGAAACUCUAUUCAUGCAAGGUGUGCAACAAGGCAUUCUCUCGACGUUCUUAUCUCAAAGUGCAUCAUCGAAUACAUUCUGGAGAGCGGCCAUAUAGGUGCACCAUAUGUGAUUAUGCUUUUUCCCGAAAUGAUCAUCUCAUUCGACACAAUCGGCCAAAUAAAGGGGAAAGAAAAUUCAGCUGUGUCCCAUUACAUAACAAGGAUGGUUAUCAAGGUUCCUCUGUCGGUUGUGGAUCACAAGAACUUCUACAACACCAUCUGAAUGACUCUACUGAUCAAAUACAUAAUAAUGAUGAAAAUGUCAACAGAAUUGCAAAUGAAGAAGCAGCUGAUAAUAACAGUAACAACAAUAAUGCUACCGACAUUUCUUGUUCGGAGAGCUUUGACCCAAACAUCACCACUACUACCCCUACCACCACCACCACCACUACCACUGCCAACAACAUUUCUCAGCACUUGACACCAUGUUUGCAGCAACCAGGUCCUGCGUUGACAUCUGAAACUGCAGACACUGAAGAGUUAGCAGCGUCAGGCCACCAACAACUUCAUCAUAUCACCAGUGUUCCCAUCACUCAAAUAUUCCCCACUAUUCAAAUGUCUCCAUCAACUUCACAGAUUUUCCCAGCUAUUCAAAUGGCAGCCACCCACAUGUACCCAAUAAACACCCAGAUUGGCCCAACACAGCCUGUUGCUACGAAGAACAUUGCCGAAGCAAACAAGACUUUAUAAAAUGCUCCCUUACCCCCAAGAGGGGCAUUAAAAGAAGGGUGGUCUUUUAUUUAUUUAUUUAUUUUUUUUUUUUGGUGGCACCAUACACUGAAUCAUUGGUUUAUGUUGUAAUUUCUGGUGUCGGUUGUUUAUUCCAGAUGUUGAAAUACCAUGUUUUCUGGUGUUCACAUCUGUUGUUGCUGUUGUUGUUGCUGUUAUUGUUGUUUCAUUUACCAAAUAUGGUCAAAAUUUUAAUCUUUUAGACUGGUUGUUUUUGUUGUGUUUGUUCCACUGAUUCCUUCUCAAAUGUUGAGAGCAGGGAUCAAAAGUUUGUUAACGAAAAUUUAAGAAAAAGAACAAAGCAAAAAAAAACAAUAUUUAUAAAAAAUAUAUUUAUUUCUCACUCCAACCCUACCCCUGCCCAAUCACCCCACCCCCUGUUGUUUUAACCCCUUUUACUACUGUAUCUGACUACAGUUGAAAAAUAAAACUUGUUUCAUUUAUCA